AUGGCUCCCAUUAAUCUCAUCUGGGGUGGAGGCUCCAUCAUGGACGAAGAGUCCUAUCCCACCCUCGAAUCCAUCAAUGCAGUUCUAGAUAUCCUACAAGCCAAUGGUGUCAAGACCAUCGACACAGCCAGAAUCUACAUAAAUUCCGAGGAGCGUCUGGGUCAGGUCAAUGCCAGCUCCCGCUUUGCCAUUGAUACGAAACACCCCGGCGGGUUCGCCCCCGAAGCAAAUUCCCAAGAAUUGAUCGGUUCAAUCGCAAACCAGAGUUUGAACUAUCUCCAAACAGACCAGGUGGAUGUCUACUACGUCCACGCACCCGAUCGUCGCUUUCCCCUGGAGGAGCUUCUGGCCGGUGUAGACGCCCUCCACCAAGCCGGAAAGUUCAAGCGCUUUGGUCUUUCAAACUAUCUAGCCACAGAGGUUGACGAAGUUGUCCGCGUUUGUCGUGAAAAGGGAUACGUCCUGCCCAGUGUGUACCAAGGAAACUACUCCGCCGUCGCUCGUCGGGCGGAAACAGAGCUACUCCCAACACUGCGCAAGCACAAUAUCUCCUUCAAUGCAUACUCUCCGAUUGCAGGUGGAUUCUUGACUAAGGAUGUCGAAGUGUUGGCUUCUGGUGGUGAGGGUCGAUGGGAUCCAAAGACAAUGAUUGGUGGGAUUUACCAUGCGCUCUAUAAUAAGAAGAACAUGCUCGAGGGUUUGAAGCUUUGGGAUAAGAUCUCUAAGGAGUCCGGUAUUCCCAAGGUUGAGCUGGCGUAUCGGUGGGUAGCGUAUAACUCGGCGCUCAGCGGGGAGUAUGGGGAUGGGGUUAUCUUUGGUACGCGCACUAUUGAGCAGCUGAAUCAGACCCUUGCUGUAUUUGCAAAGGGUCCUCUUGAUUCUGCGAUUGCGGUGCAAAUUGAGCAGGUUUGGAAGAUUGUUGAGGUUGAUGCGCCUUUGGAUAACUUUAAUGAUCUCCCUGGUCACCAGUGA